AUGAUCGUGCUGUUUGGCGCUCCAGUGCUCACCGAUCACGAGGAGACGACGAUGCUCGUCAUCACGUUGCUCACCCUCACUUUCGUUCCUACCAGUCUGCACUUGGGAGUGGACAGCGCAUUGGACAUUCUAGUGGGAGCGUACGCCCAGAAGGGCAAUAUCCUGGCGGACGCCCUGAGGAUCAACAUACAAACGACGAUACUGGGCACCUGGCUAGGUGCUACCGUGAUCCCCCUGGACUGGGACCGCCCGUGGCAGGCUUGGCCGAUCCCUUGUGUGAUAGGUGCACUGCUUGGCUACUUGAUCGGCCACUUUGUCACCCUGAUCAGGACGCUCCUCAUGCCCAAGUUGCAUAGGAAAGUUCAUCGAUGA